AUGACUAGCCACAUCCCGGACCUCGUCGCUGCUAUAGCGCAGUUCGCACGCUCACCCAAUGACGUCGUGGCUCUCCUUCACGCUGUGUCGCCGGUCGUCAUUCCGCCAAACAUGACGCCGCCGCCACCGGCCACUAUCCUCGAUGCCUACAUGGCGAGCUUUACCCGGCACCUGUCCCCCAACGUCGCGACAGUCGCCGAGAUCGAUCGCGUGGCCGAGGCGACAGGCGUAGUUUGGCUCGUCCAACGCGCCGACAGACGCUUGCGCCUGUGUGCAUUUGUCGCUCUCGGGGCUGCCUCGAUGACCAGUAUCACCGUGGACGAGAGACUUAGCGACAGCCAUGGACGGCGCGUGGGCUGCCUGCUGCGCCUUUGCUCGGGCCUCGAGCAUGCAUCCCUGCCGCUUCAACCGGCGCUGCUUGAAGCUGCGCUCUCGGCCAGCCAAGUUCGUGCGCUCAGCCUCUGCCCGCCGUUGAGAGGGCACCCACUGCAAGGCGUCGACCACAUAACGCACUGGCUUGCGUCCGCUGGCAACGGGCACUUGUCCCUCCAGAUGCUUCGAGACGCGACAAACAUCGACUUGGCACAAGCGCUGACGAGCUCCCCGCACCUCGCGCGUCUUUCGUUGCAUCAUUGCGAAGGCCUCGUGGGUACGCUCAUGGCCAAUGGAGCGCGCUUUUGCGGCGUCACGGAGCUAUUCGUGUCUGACAUUGUUGGCACCCACGCUCAUGACCUGCUCCUUCCUCUGCUCCGUUUGCCUGCAAUGACUACGCUCUCAAUCAAGGUGAAUAACCCGGGUCCCGUCACUGGGCUUGCGACCGCGCUGCCGCAGCUUGAAGCGCUCCAAGAACUUCUCCUUGCCCGAGUCCACCUCUUGGACGUGGGCGCGAUGCCGGUCUCGGUGCAGCCAACGAUUCGAACGUUGACCUUUGAUCGGGUACUCUUUACGCCAAGAAGCCUCUCGCACUUGCUCGACUGGGUCACUCGGUCGGCGCAUCUCGACUCGAUCUCGUUCCCGUUCUGCACCUACUUCCAAGACCACCCGAUCUGCGCCGCGCAAGCGCUAUGGCGGAGCCUCCACGCGGGGGGUCGCUUCAUUAGCUUUACGUCGUGCAGUCUCAUCACGCUGGAUGUCCAGAUAAUGGUCCGUCGGCUGCGUGAGACGCAUGUCCGCCACCGCGCUCAAGUCGAUCUCACGUUCAAUCCCUUCCGUCUUCAAGGCAUUCAAGCGCUCGCCUGUGCCCUAUCGACCUGCACCAACGUCUCGAUCAAGGUGCGCUGCAGCCGCGAACUGCUCCUCCAGGUGACACACGCCGGCAUUCGCCUCGAGGAGACAGAAGACGGUGCGUGGCUCCAUUCGCCGUAGCGCUUCGUUUGGGAGCGAGCGAUACGUGCAUCACAUGUUACUAAAGUACGUGUUGACGACUUUGAAGUCGGUAAAACAAAUGCAAAUUUUGUGCAUUGUCGA